UGGGAUGAGAUAUUUAUUUGAAAAAAAAAAGACAAAGAAAAAGAGGAGAAGAAAACACGUUUCUCGGAAGAAGGAGGCGGGUUGGUGAAACGUUGCGGUGGAACUUCCUCUCGUUUGAAUUUUCCGUUCUCCUCAAUUCUCAUUCAAUUAUCUCUUCAAUCCCACCAAUUUCGUUUUCCUUUUUCCGAUUCAUCAUACCCAACACUCUCUUCGUCAAUUCAAUUGAUCACAUACAAACCAAAAAGGGGAAAACAUGGGAAUGAAACAAGUACUUAAGAACCUCGACGCAUUUCCUCGCGCAGAGGAUCAUUUAUUGCAGAAAACCCAAUCCGGUGCUCUUGUUUCGGUGAUUGGUUUAAUUAUAAUGGCUACGCUGUUUCUGCACGAGAUGGGUUAUUAUCUCACAACUUACACUGUUCAUGAGAUGUCAGUGGACUUGAAACGCGGAGAAACUCUUCCAAUUCAUAUAAAUAUGACAUUCCCUUCUUUGCCUUGUGAUGUUUUGAGUGUGGAUGCUAUUGAUAUGUCUGGCAAGCAUGAGGUGGACCUUGAUACUAACAUAUGGAAACUUCGUUUGAACAGUUAUGGCCAGAUAAUUGGCACCGAAUAUAUAUCUGAUCUUGUUGAAAAGGAACAUACCGCUCACAAUCAUGGUGAUGGUAAAGGUCACCAUGAGCAUUCAGAAGAAAAAGCUCACUUGCAGUCCUUUGAUGAAGCCACUGAAAAUACUAUCAAGAAGGUGAAGGAGGCAUUGAAAAAUGGGGAGGGAUGCCGGGUAUAUGGCGUUUUAGAUGUUCAAAGGGUUGCUGGAAAUUUCCAUAUUUCAGUUCACGGACUAAACAUAUAUGUUGCACAAAUGAUCUUUGAUGGAGCAAAGAAUGUGAAUGUUAGUCACGUUAUCCAUGAUUUGUCAUUUGGCCCCAAAUAUCCAGGAAUUCAUAACCCGCUUGAUGAGACAUCAAGGAUUGUGCAUGAUGCGAGUGGAACUUUUAAAUACUAUAUAAAGAUUGUUCCAACUGAAUAUAGGUAUAUUUCAAAAGAAGUUCUACCGACUAAUCAGUUCUCAGUUACAGAAUAUUUUUCCCCCAUUACUAGUCAAUUUGAUCGGACAUGGCCAGCUGUCUACUUUUUGUAUGAUCUAUCGCCUAUUACUGUCACUAUCAAGGAAGAGCGCCGCAGUUUUAUUCAUUUUAUUACUCGGCUUUGUGCCGUGCUAGGUGGAACCUUCGCUGUAACAGGGAUGCUGGACCGAUGGAUGUUCAGACUUGUUGAAGCUGCAACUAAACCAAAGACUAAAAAGUAGAUCAGUCAUGACAAUUUCAAGCAACUCUCCUGCAUCCCCAAGAGAUUCCAGGCACUAUUUGGAAUUUACUUCCAUAUUCACAGAUAUGAAAUGCAGCGGCACAGUUGAAUCAAGUAUAUCAAUAUUUGAACUUUCACAAUUUUGUGCUCAGAAUUCCUUGUAUUGUCUGACAAAUGAUUAGAUUAAUCCCUCUUGUUUUACAAUGGAUGUUUUGAAUAUAGUGAUUGCGCAGAGUUAUAUUGUCA